CGUCCGUGUUUUUCCAGCCGGGGACGGAUCAUGCAGUCGUCCAUCAGCAACAAUUAUUUAUUGCUCUUCAAUUAUUCAUCGGACCUCCACGCGUUUUCCCUACUCGGACCUGUAUUUGAGUUACCUUUGCGUUGGGCGGCUACAAAGCGGGUUGAAAAUUAACUCUGUAAGAAGGCAACUGUUGAGCGUCCUUUAAAGGUUCGGGUUAGAUUUGUGUUCCAGAGACGCACUAUGGCUACUAGGGCUCGUAUUUCAACUAUUUAUUAACACCGUGUGUUUAAGAAAUUGCCUCAGGUGAAAAAUGGCCCCAUUAAUUAAAGCACUAAAACGGCACUUGGCUUUAGCACAUGCUUGAUAUAUGAUUCGUUUGCAGUGUGCUGCUGGGCUGGAUGGGGUUCAUUAUUAACUCAACCUCACCUUUCUCUCUUUAGAGAAGGGAAUUAAUGAGUAAUGGCCCUAUUUUCUCUGUAAUGUCAGCUAGGUGAGAAUUGUUCGCACCUGGCUGACACACGUUGGAACGCGCCACAAGGUUCGUCGCUCCCGAACGGCCUCUAGGUGCCCUCUCGACUCGAGGCCGCUCGAAGCAAGCGCCCGGACUCUCCCCGGCAGAGCACCGCCGUCUUUGUCCCUCGGUGGGAAUUUGAUGCCGAGUUACCCGAGGGCGCGGACGCCACGCCGGGGUUGCGUCGCCGCGAAGCCGGAAUGAAAGGGUUUCUGUCUCUGCCGCGUGAAACUCAGGACUCCAUUAGCCUGCUGCGGUUAAGGCUCUAGCAGGACCUGUGGGUGUGGGGCAAGCCCUGCUCCGGGUGUUCUCCCCGAGUAGGUGUGUAGCAGGGCGAGGGCCUCCGGCAUUGGUUCAGGUGUAAAAAGAGUUCCGCCCCCCCCCCCUUGUGGCUGCCUGGCUGCUUGCUUGUCUGCCUCAGAGGUCCAUUCACUCUCCUUGCCAUCAUGUUCAGCUUGAUCAGGCUGCCCCGCAUUUUCACCGUCCACCAAGUGCCCAAAGCAUUCCAAGAGGACAGCAUCAUCUCUGGGUACCGGCAUCCCAGGAGUUCUGCCACAGACUGCAUCCUCAGCCUCUUCCAGCUCACCAAUGAGACGCUCAACAUCUGGACUCACUUCUUACCCACAUGGUAUUUCCUGUGGAAGCUGCUGACAGUGGUGCUGACGCAUAACGUACGGCACGACGCCUUCAUCUGGCCCCUGCUGGUCUUCCUGGCGUCGUGCUGCGUGUACCCGUUCACGUCCAGCUGCGCGCACACCUUCAGCACCAUGUCCGCUCGAGCCAGACACGUCUGCUUCUUCUUCGACUACGCAGCACUCAGCUUCUACAGCCUGGCUUCAGCCAUCACGUACUCGGCGUACGUCGUUCCAGAUGUCUGGGUGGGCAGCGCCUUCCACCAGUAUUACGUCGCCGUUGCUGUAUUGAACACGGCCAUCUGCACCGGCCUGGCUUGUUACUCGAGGCUUGGCUUACCUUUCCUUCAAUAUAACCAUGGCUUCGUGAAAAGGUUCUCAGAGUGCCAAAGUCCAAAGCUGGGCAAAAUACUGCGCGUUGCAGCCUUUGCAUAUCCAUACCUGUUUGACAACAUUCCCCUCUUUUACAGAAUAUUUGUAUGCGCUGGUGAAGGCUGCACAGACAAUGAAACCAAUUCCCUGCACUACUGCCACACGGCCCUGGCCUUCCUCACCGUCGUCCUCUUCAUCACGCACCUACCUGAGCGCCUGGCGCCCGGAUGCUUCGACUACUUUGGUCACAGCCAUCAGCUGUUCCACAUAUGUGGCAUCAUUGGCACCCACUUCCAAAUGGAGGCCGUUCAGCUGGACAUGAAUGUGCGGCGGCAGUGGCUCCUGGCCCACGCGCCACCCAUCACCUUCAGCAACACGUUUGGGGCAGCGCUGCUCUCCGUGGCCCUCAGCCUGAUUAUCAUCUCCGUCUUCAGUAAAGCCCUCUUUUUGACAACCAGCAGGAAGAAUGAAUCCAAAAGGACAAUGAAGACAUGUCCUCCAAAGCUGAGCUCUUCCAGCAGAAGUAGGAAAGAGCUGCUCUUACCACAUCAGAACUGAGGUUUUGGACCAAACGCGAAUCACAGGUACUAUGUGAGAAGAUAAGCUAUGAAUCCACUGUGCUGGAUCCAUGUCGUUGUAACUCCUGGAGGUUCAGCCUUCGCUUUUUUGGCUGAAUCUUUUGCAGUGCUAGCUGUCUAGGGUGAUAUUUAUUUACUUUUUAUUUUUGAAAUAAAAUGAAGACUUUUAAACAUGUCAUUGUAUUAUACUUAUAUUUUUAAAACCGUGCAGUGCCUUAAAAGAACAGUUUUAUGUUUUAAGGGCCAUUCCUUCCAGCAAAUAUUUAAUAAUUACAUGGUUUACAAUGUUUAUUACUCUGAUUGUAAGGUUUUGAAUGUCACUGCUCGUUUCUUGUACUGACAUUUAGAAAAACUGUUCUUAAACCAGCUUAAAAUGUGACAACUUAUGCCUUAUGAAACUCUAGGACCUAGCUAGAUAUGAAGGCCCAGCAGACAAUUUUACACAUCUUAUUUGUACUGUAUUGACAAUGAUUUGAAAUGGCACUGGAUGCAUGAAAUGUCCUGUGCUUUAACAUCCUCUACUUUGUUGAGAGCAUAUGAGAGCACCUUUAUCUGGUGUAUGCAUUUAAGAAUUUAUGGAAGUGAUACCAUGUUUUUUAGUCAGCUACUGUUAAUGAACAUCCUUUUUAUGUCUGGCAUUUGCUGAUUGAAUAUAAACGUUGCGUUGAAUUUUUUUUUUUCCUUUUUGAUAGAACCAUGUGAGAUUCAGGGACCGCAUCAAAAAAUGUACACUACAGUCAAUAUAUUUUAACCAAAUAUGUGUCAUGUGGUUCUAUCACCACUUUGCACUGCUUUCAUGUUAUCAGGGAUGUAUGUGGUGAUUUGUACAAAAAUAAAACUGCAUCUGGACUCUUCAAGUAUAGAUUAAU